UUCUGGAUGUAUUCAAAGUAAGCGUCUGCUACAUAAUGUUACAGACUGACAGAUGGAAAAUAAAAACUGUAGAUUUUAGCAGAUUUGUCCGGUUAAACUGAAACUGAAUAAAGAAGAACGAAACAUUACUUGAAAAGUUUUUAAGUUUCUUUAGGCUGUUCAAGAUUACUUAAAGAGAAGUUCGUUUUAAAAUUAACGGUACGAUGGACACCGACGACGAAUUCUGCUUGAAAUGGAACAAUCACCAUAGCACUUUCAUGACUGUGCUUCACAGUCUGUUGAAGAAAGAAAUAUUGGUUGAUGUAACUUUGGCUGCUGAAGGCCAAUUCAUUGAAGCACAUAAACUUGUGCUUAGUACCUGUUCAGAGUACUUCCAGGAUGCCUUGCAAAUUCAUGAUAAUAAGCAUGCUUAUAUUUUCUUGAAUAAUGUUGCUUUUGAUGACCUUAAAGCGCUGAUAGAAUACAUGUAUAUAGGAGAAGUCAAUGUGUCACAAGAACAACUUCCACGAUUUUUAGCUUCUGCCGAAGCUCUUAAGAUAAAAGGUUUGUCAGAGAAGGGUGAAACACCGUCUGAAAAUUUGGAGCAAUUCAUACCUAUUCAAGCCAGAGUUAAAAGUAUUUCUGGGAAAAUUGGGAAAAGUACUAACCGCCAGACAAACACUACUUUAGCAUCAGCUCCGAGACAAAUACGCCAAUCGUCGCAGCAGCAACUUAUACCUUCUAGCUCUAGUCACCCAAUAACAACACAUCCACAAGCUGGCCAAUCCAAUAAAAAUUAUCAAACCCCUUCGGAGUUCAUUCCCGAUAAUGAAGUGACCCCUGAGGUGAACUUUGUGUCCGUCAACUCCCAUGGUGAGGAGAUUGAUAUUGGUCAAAAUGAAGAAAAUGGACUAGGAACUUUGAGCAAAGUUUGGUCCUUAAAUGAGGACAACAAUGAAGGAGAUUGGGAAAAUACUGAGGUUAUUUUGGGUAGCAAUCCGGAAUGUCGUGGUACCCAAGAAGAACGUUAUGUCUCUCCUUCAGAAUCCGACAACACCGAAUAUCGACAGUACGCUGAACCCAACGUUACUCCUUCUACCGUUGGAGAUUUGAUGCCCUCUCCUUCAUCCUCAUCAUCCACUCAUGGCAAAAACAAAUGGGCCUCAACCUCGGGAGCUAACGCAAAUUAUUCUGGUCCUGUUAGAGGCAAGCCAAUCGGAAGUAACAACAGCGGCGGAGGGGAUACUUGGCGGAAAACAAUGGCGAAAAACAAACAAUUGGGUAAACCAGCGCGUUUCUCGUCGAGCGGUUUUCGCAAAGGCAACAACAGCGCGACAGUCGACUGCCUAUCGACCCUAACGUGUCCAAACUGCGGCCGUGGUUAUUCACAGAAAGGUUCACUCAACCGUCACCUUAAGUUCGAAUGUGGUAUUAUUCCUAAAUUCCCCUGUCAGCUCUGUCCGAUGCGCUUCCGACGAGCUUACAAACUCACCGAGCACCAUAAUCGCGUCCAUCUCGGAAAGUCGAAUGCAUAGGAGGAACCGGUCGCAUAAGAUUGCAACUUCAUCGCGAAACGAUUGACGGAACAAUACCCUUACUUACUAUGAACACUAGACUAAUUUAUCUCUUGCUAAUCAAAUAUUCGAAUAGUUUUAUUUAUCUUAUCAACACGGAAGGAUUUAGAACACGUUCCCCGAUAAAUUUGGUUACACAUUUACUCCCGAACAAUUUUCCCGACGCUAUACAUUUUUGUCUGAUUUAUUCCUUUUUA